AUCAUGUCUGCCUCCAUGAAUCGAAAUGUGAUUUUAGUAUUGCUAGAACAAUUUUGUUGAAAUCUCUGCUUCCGUCUUUAACUGAGUAGUAAGAUGAAAGGGAUAGGAUUAGCGAUAUCGCCCAGCUGGUACUGCAGUAGAGUCUCUGCCUGCAACUCCAACGGUAUCGUUGCCUAUGGCGGUAGAAACAGCGUUGUAUUUUUGAACACACGCACCGAUCCGCCUGUCUACUGCGGCUGGAUAUGCGAAUCAAGAAACCGCGUCACAUCAGUCGUUUGGCACCCGACAGAUGGCAGCACGUUAGGUUGUAGUGGGGACGAGGAGGGCAAGGUUCGCGUCUGGGAUGCAGAUACAAAAAUUGUCGUCGCUAGUCACAAUCAUCAUGGCCAGAAUAGGCUCACUGUUGUCGACUGGUCGCCAGCGGCAACGGACGUCAUCGUUUCCGCCGACGACCGCGGCCACGUGUAUUCGUGGAACUACGCGUCGGACGAGGCGACGCAUCUUCACCCGGAGCCGCAGGCCGUCAGCGCCCUCGCCUGCUCCCCGCAUCACCCCGGCAUCGUCGCCAUAGGUUACAAGUCCGGGAGCAUUAUUGUGGUCGACGUUGAAAAGAAAGGCAGCGUGGUGCAGAAAUUUAAAGGUCACGACGAAGAGAUACACAGCUUAGCGUGGUCCCCGUCACGUUGUGAGGAUUUCAGGCAGACAGAAGAUGUCGCCGUCGUUGACAGUAACCGCGGCGAUCAGGGUCUGUUGGCGUCUGGCAGCAAGGACAGAACGAUUCGUCUGUGGAGCCGAUCCAGGGGUCGUAGCAUCGCCGUCAUGCGGCUGCCGAACACGACUCGUCAGCGCGGUGGCGGCGGGGCGUACGACGACAGCGGUGGUCGCAGCCGCACCUAUGUGGCGCUGCUGUGGCCGAGAGACCGUCCGCAAGAACUCAUAUCCAGCUCUCACGGGGGUGACCUCCUGCUUUGGGACUUGAGCAAGCCUGGCAAAGGGAAGUUUCAGGUUUUCACUACAGGUGGCGUUACUGCGCAUGCGCGUACGGUGUUCAGCAUCGUACAGACGUCCUGGGACACCAUCUGUACGAUAUCCAUGGACAGACAGAUCAUACUGUGGGACCUGCAAUGUCUCACCAGCAAGGUGGCCAUACCAACAGUCGGUGGCACAGUCAACACUAUCGCCAUCUCUAGUCAGACAGGACGUUUGGCGAUAGGUGCCGGAGACUGUCAGUUAAGAGUGUGGAGCCCCCAGUCGGAGUCAAAUGCCUACGAACUACAGUUGUUUUGGCAGGGUAUCAAAGCCAAGGUCACUGCUGUGGCGUGGCAUCCAUCCAAAGAGGGCUGGCUGGCAUAUGCUACCGAGGAGGGAAGAGUGGGCAUAUACGAUGUUCUUGCUUCCAAGCCACCAAUGAUCUCAGCCAGCUACCACAAGGGGACUAUUUACACGAUCACGUGGGGUCGACCCUGCAACCUGAGUGGUAUGUGGCGCCAUCUCUUGUCACGAAUCUUCGUAAUCGGCUUCUUAUCAGUAACGCACAAGCUGCCUAUGAGGACAGAUCUCGCAUGGAAGCCAGACUUCUCCAUGGUUGCCGUGGGCAACGACGACGGGUCGGUACAGCUGUUCCGGCCGACCGCUCUGCAGCUCGUCUGCACUCUGCAGGUCCACCGAAAACUCAUCAACUGCCUCUGCUGGCACCCGCAGUUCACCCACGCCUCCGACGAGGUGGCGCCACUAGCAUGUUGGCUCGCGUCAGGGUCGAACGAGUCGAAUGUCGUCGUCUACGAUCUCACGGAGCUGAUAGGGACGGCCGAGACGGAGACAGAGGGCGCCAUCGUGGCUGCGCGGACGAUCACGGAGUGUUACCGUCAGCUGGCGGGUCACGCGACUCGCAUCACGUCGCUGGCAUGGAGUCCUCACGUCCCCGGCCGACUCGCCUCCGUCUCAUACGACGGCACCGCACAGGUCAGUGAGAAUCGGGUUCACAUGAGCAACGACCAGGUCGGCGACGCACUUUGCCCUGUCGGCCGGCACGGUCACGUCCUUGUCCAAGAACUCCCUGCAAGACAAG